ACUCGACUUUUCCUAAAUUGUUGCUUGACAACCUGAAACGAAAUUUGUAGCAGACACCUCGGAUUAGCUUGGAAAAUAUCGAAUUUUACUGGUUUUUUAAGGUGAAUCUGUUCGAAAGGCAAACUUAAUAAUGGCAAGUUCAGCGCAAGAUGGACGUUAUUCUUUCAUCUGUGAGUGGUAUGAUCCUAACGCAGGACUUACGAGACGAUAUCAGUUCCUCUUCUAUCCUAAGGAUAACACUAUUGAAAUGUUUGACCUGAAGAACAGACGUAUGUUCUUGAAGAGAUCCGCUUGUGAUUCGGUUCAUCUAGCAGACCUGUAUGUCGGGAGCACGGUGAACGUUCACUCACGUCAAUUGAACCUUGUAGAAUAUUCUGAUGAUUUCACAAGGAGAGCCCUAACUACUGUCAAAGAGAAGACUCUGGGUCUGAUCAAACCAGAUGCUAUUUCCAAAUUUGGUCCCAUAUUUGAUAUGACGUACGAGGCAGGAUUCCUGGUUACCAACGCUAAGAUGACUCGCUUGUCAAGAAACGCAGCUGAGGAGUUCUAUGCUGAGCAUGUCGGCAAACCAUUCUACAACAACCUGGUGAGUUUCAUGUGCAGUGGUCCGAUCAUAGCCCUGGAGUUGAUGGCUAAUAAUGGUAUUGGAGAAUGGCGACGUCUGCUGGGACCUACAGACAGCAGCACAGCGCGCAGUGAAGCUCCUAACAGCAUCAGGGCUAGGUUUGGAACAGAUAACACAAGGAAUGCAUGUCAUGGUUCAGACUCUGUCGAUUCAUCGAACAGAGAAACAAACUUCUUCUUCGGACCGUCGGCAAGGAUGCGCAAUACCUCUACACUUGAUAACUGCACAUGCUGUAUCAUCAAACCAACAGCAGUCAAAGAAGGUAAAGCAGGUCAGAUCAUGUCAGCUAUCUGCAACGAAGGUUUUGAAGUGGUUGCCUUGGAAAUGUUUCACAUGGAGAAAGCCAACUCUGAAGAGUUCUUUGAGGUGUACAAGGGUGUCGUCGCAGAGUAUAUGGACAUGGUAACUGAGCUGACAUCGGGGCCGUGCUAUGCUCUUGAGAUCAGGUGCUCCAAGUCCGACGACGUCACCAAGGCUUUCCGAGACUUUGUCGGACCGGCCGAUCCCGAGAUAGCUCGUCAGCUGCGACCUCGCACCCUGAGGGCUAGGUUCGGCAACGACAAGGUCCACAAUGCUGUCCACUGCACCGAUCUACCCACCGAUGCUCUGCUGGAAGUGGAGUACUUUUUCAAGAUCUUGUCCGAAUAAGACGUACCGGCGUCUUCCAAGUCAUUUUCCCGUCCUACUCAUCGUUUACCGUCGUUCAUACCCCCAUGCGUGUGUGAAUGAAACAACUGGAUACUCUGUGAUAUAAAGGCACAUGUUAUCUGCCUGGAGCCAGAAGGGCAUUGUCUCUGUGUUAAAGCAUUUGAGUUAAAGCCUGUUCGGUUCCAAACAGACGAUGUUAUCCUUUGAAAUGUUAUGACA